AUGGACCCCCCACGGGAGGUCCACCUGCUGAGCGCUUAUGGCGCAAGACUCGGUCGAACCACGACGCCAAAAGUGUCUACUGGUCUUUCUGCAGUGGCCAUGAGUUACACCAUUUCCAAAGACAACACUGCAGGCGAUUCAUUCCUACAAGAUAGCCUUCUCGGAGAAUGGGGACAGAAAAACUGUCUCCCCGCCCUCCGCACCGUGACGCCCUCCAAGACUUCAUCAUUCGACUUUGGAGGAGGAGGAGGAGGAGGAGGAGGAAGAGGCACGCCUGGUGUCAACACCCGAACGUUCCACUUCAGCACAGGCAGUGACAGUCGCGGAUUCUCCUUUAGCAAUGCUGACGAUAUUUAUGCCGAGUUUAUGCGCUCUGGACCCACGAAAGGUGCAGGCGAAGGCAUGGAGGACAUUGACGGCCUCUUCAAGCCGUCUCUUCCAGACGAGGAGAGGGAAAUAGAGCGCGAAUCGGCCCUUCGCGCCAUGGAACGCCAGAAGAGGGAACACACCGCUACUACAGAAAUAGAAGGGGAGCAUAGUAUACGAAUUAACACAGCUUCGCGCAGAAACAUGGGAUCAAAUUCCAAAGGGCAAUAUAGCGUUGACGAUGCUACCAUGGACUGGCGACAACGACGGGGGCACUCAACCCCCCCUCCAUUUCGUCCGGCUCGGCCGGCCGGAAACUACGAAGAAGCAAAAGUCUAUCAACAACGGCCGAUACGUCAACCUUCCUUGGACAGAUCUGUGUCUUCCGUUGAUAGUUAUGACACGUAUGAGGCAGCCGAUUCUCGAGGUUAUCAUGGCAACGACGAUAGGGCCGGGUUGGGGCUUGAUUCUUCGCGUGGUUCCCAUUACUCAUCACCGUAUGGAAGGGCGGGGGAUGAAAGUUACGGGAGCCCAGAGGCGUUCCCGUCGCCGCAGCAGCCAUCCGUCAUGCCCCGUAUGGCACCAGCUAUCGACAUUGAGCUUGCUCCCACUUCAAGAGCAAACGCUAAAAGAGAACAUGAAAUUGGGAUAUUUCGUCCGGUUCUCAAGCAACCGGAAUCGCACCCUUUCAACCGGUCACGCGACUACUAUGAGCCUGUUCUUCCGCCUCCGAUAUCCCAGUACGCAUCUUAUACCGAAGCUGGCUCGCCGCUAACUGACGUCGAACGGCCAAACACUUUCAGAAACGAGUACGCGCGUCCUCCUCCGGCACUCACAAGGGCUCAGACCUUCCGCCCUAUGGCCGAAACCGAUCCGGGAAGGGGUAGCCGCUCGAGGCUGCAGCGGCAGGAUAGCGAUGACUCGGAUUCUGAUAUAGACAUCCGCAUCACUCCAAGGAGGCGACGACGCAAUGCGGUGGAAUACUAUGAUCAGCCGCGCUCUAGUCGGUACAAUGUUUCCGGUCCACGAGCCGUCCCGACGGGGGUGCCACCUCCUGGUUCGUAUUACCGCGAUGAGUCUCCAACUAGGGCUUAUAAUGAGACAGAAGUAUUUUACGACGGUGAUAGAUUCGUUACCACCGAGCCGCCACGCAGAUUCUAG